AUGGCUCUUGAACUCUUGACGCAGGCUGAUGGCUAUGGAGUUAUUAUUGGCUUGUCGGUUCUAUUUUGUCUCAUUAUUCUUGGGGCUGUGAGGAUUCAGAAAUGGUAUCUCUCAGAAGAUUCCGAUGCGUCAGAGAUGUUCAUGGUCGCCAACCGCUCAGUCGGCACCGGAUUGACAUGCUCUGCUGUCUUCUCCAGCUGGAUGUGGAUCAAUGAAAGCGUCUUCUCUGCAGCAUACACCUACAAAUGGGGAGUUGCUCUACCUGUCUGGUGGGCUAGCGGUCUGUCGUUCCAGAUUGCGCUCAUGGCCGUCCUGGGCAUUGUGGCGAAGCUGAGAGUUCCAUACGCCCACACCUCGCUGGAGUUCAUGAGAAGACGGUAUGGCGGAGCCGUUCAUGUCAUCUUCAUUGUCAUGAACUUGGUCAACAACAUUUUUGGCUGCGGUAGCAUGAUUUUAGCUGGCGCUCAGCUGGUGACUGGCAUGACCGGCAUGCAUGUUGUUGCUGCAACUAUUCUCAUCCCUGCUGGAGUGGUACUCUAUACGGCGGUGGGUGGCAUCAAGGCUACGUUCCUUACGGAUUUUUUCCAUACCACGAUAGCGUUGAUUUUGUUGAUCUACUUUGCCAUCGCCGUCAUCAGCAACGAGCAUAUCGGUGGUCCCGUGGGCUUGUACCAGAAAGUCAAAGCGGCAGAUGACUACAUUGAGGGAAACUACAAGGGUUCACUGCUGUCCUUCAAAUCUGAGCCUGCUAUUCUGUUUGGCCUGGUACUGAAGCUGGGUAAUCUUGCCCUUGUACUCAUGGACACGGCAUUCUGGCAGAAGUCGUUCGCUGCAGAAGUGAAUGCCACGGUACCUGGUUACGACCUGGCGUCCAUCGCUAUCAUCGCCGUCCCCUGGUGCACAGGCACUGUCAUUGGACUGGCGGCGCGCGCCAUCGAGAAGACUCCAGUGUGGAUCAAUUACCCAGAGACACUCACCCUGACACAAGUCAACUCUGGACUAGUCAUGCCUUACGUUCUCAAAUCACUUUUGGGAACGGGGGCGACAGGCGGCCUACUCGUGCUCAUCUUCAUGGCGAUCACCAGCACCGUCUCCUCAUCUAUGAUCGCCGUGAGCAGCAUCAUCUCCUUAGACUUCUACAGAACAUACAUCAACCCACGAGCAUCCGAUCGAACCACGCUCAAAGUCAGCCACUUCGGUGUCGUCUUCCACGGCUGCUUCAUGGCAGGAUUCGCGAUCAUGCUGCAAUACGCCGGGGCUACGAACAACUGGUCUACCUACUUCCGACCUAUCGUCGCAACCCCUGGCAUCUUCCCCAUGAUCCUCGCGCUGCUCUGGUCUCGACAAACAAAGCUUGCGGCGAUUCUGGCUCCUCUCCUAGGACUUUCUUGUGGACUGGCGGUCUGGCUUUCCCUAUCGUGGUACUACGGCGGUACAAUCAACAUUAACACAACACAAUUGCAGCUUCCUGGACUGUACGGCGCCAUCACAUCGUUCUUCUCUCCGCUGCUGUUCUCGGUCAUCAUCUCGUUGCUGAAACCGAGCCGCUUCGACUGGCGCGAAUAUCUCAAGAUUGAUCUCAUCGAGGACAAGAGCGGUGCUAAUAGCAGUAGCGCCAGUUCGACUGGGGUUGACCUCAAUCCAGUUGAUGUCACUGAGAAGAAAGCCCCUACCGAAUCUCUCAAUGCCACUGCCCCAGAGCAAGUCACUAGCAACAACGGACCAUCGUCGAGUCUCGACAACGUCGUACAUCCCUUCGACGAACAGACCCUCCGACACAUCAAGUGGUGGGGCAAGUUCGCGGCGAUAUACUUCGUCGUCAACGUGCUGGUCACCAUUGUGCUCUGGCCAAUGCCUCUAUACCGAGACUGGAUCUUCACGCAGAGUUUCUUCGAGGGCUGGGUUGUCGUGGCGUUGAUCUGGCAGUGGCUGACAUUCUUCACGGUUGUAGCCUUCCCGAUCUAUGACGGACGCCAUGCCAUUUCGAAGGUCGUACGCGGUGUCCUCGCGGAUCGACGAUGGGCUAGAAAGAAGAAUUAG